AGCCAAGAUGGUUUUGAACAUUUCGCAUACCACAUUGUAGUUUUGUUUGUGGCCUUGUUUCUUAUACUUCUCUGCCUUUCUCUCUCUCUACCUACUAUUGUCUCUGUUCCCCAGACAACCUCGGCAUAGGGCUUUUAUCAUUUCUCUCCCAUGAUUCAUCAGCAUGUGUUUUUAGAGUUGUCUCCUCAGUACUCUAGCGGCAAGAUCAUGAGCCACUGAAGAUAGAGGAGAGGAUUGGAAGUGCUUGCUUGCUGUUGAACCAUAGCGAUAAAAUUGAUUCCUGAAGAUGGAGGAUGAACAUGGGCUUGAGCUUAGCCUGGGUCUAAGCUUUGGUGGAUCAUCCGUCAAAUGCAAAGGUAAAAGUGGUAGCUCUUCUGAGGCAAAGACAGAAGAAAGUGAUCAAGGCAACAAAGUAGUCGAUGACCUUAGAAACUUUUUUAAUGCUAGUGGCCAGAGAGAGGGCUCAAGCACUGCCUCACAAAAAAGUGGCUCUGUGAAACCUCAGGACAACUUCUUCAAUGAUCUUUCCAAGGUACCUGUUGAUGCAGAUGCUUCUAUCGAGUUGAAUGGUAUGGGGCCCUGGGUUGCCAACAAUAAUAGGUCUGAGGAAACUGAUGAAGAAAAAAGGUCAGAAGCAGGUAGUAAGCGUAAAAUCUUCUUUGAUGAGAUUAGUAAUCAAAAGAAGCAUGAGGGAGAAGCUCAUCUUACUGAUUUGCCUGAAAAGUCAAAAGUGUCUCACAUAUCUAUUACAAGCGAAAGUGGCUCAAUUGCUGAAAAUGAAGAUGUUGCAGAGUCUGAAGUUGGUUCAGCAUCAAGGAUACUUUCACACCAUGAUGAUGGCUGCAUACGAUUUACUGCAGUUGGCGGUUCUUGUGAGAGUGGACCAAAGGGGGUUCAUGGGUCAGCCAAUUCCAGUGUUGUGGACUUACAAGGGCAGAUAAAUUUUAACGGUUCCGCAGAAAAUGACUUUAGGCUUGGAAACUUGCCAUCUACUGUUCCUAUAAACAUCAUGAAUGUCCCUUACUCUGUAACUGGGAAAGAUUCUAACUCUGUAAGUGCAGCCAGUACGUCUGGCCAUCCUCCAGGCAUGAAAAGCAUAUCUAUCCUAAAUGGUGAUCAUCAAACAGGGAGCCAGCUUAUGUUCGGCUAUUCCUCUUUACAGCUUCCAAUGUUGGAUAAGGAUAGUUCCUCAGGUUUUGUAUCUCAGCUUCAACAGUUCCAUUCUUCCUUCAGCGGUAGAAGCACGCCAAAUUCAGAUAAAUAUAAUGAUGGCUUGAUGACAUCUCAAGCAGCCAUGCACCUAGUUGCACGAAAUACAUCCAAGGCAACUCAAUAUGAUGGGAAGAAGUUUGAGCAGGCCAGAGGUGAUGGCAAACAGCAUGCCAGAGGAGAAGCUUCCUCUUUUCUGACAGAGGAAGAAAGAAUAAACAGCAUGAACCUCAGGGGUAAGGAGGGUUCUGACCGGUCAGCUGCAGAAGGUAUCUCUUUUGAUUUUUCUGCUAUAAAACCAGGUAUUGCUGCAGAUGUAAAAUUUGGGGGUAGCGGCUCCUAUCCAAAUCUGCCAUGGGUUUCUACCACUGGGCCCGGUCCAAAUGGUAGAACCAUUUCUGGUGUUACAUACAGGUACAGUACAAACCAAAUCAGGAUUGUUUGUGCUUGCCAUGGUACCCACAUGUCGCUGGAAGAGUUUGUUAGGCAUGCUGCUGAAGACAAUGUUAAUUCAGACAGUGGGAGUGGUUUGGCAACUUUUUCAAGUGCCAAUCCUGCUGCCUCUGCUCAAAGUUGAGAUAUGCUAUCCAUUUAUAACUAGAUUAAUAACGUGCUGAUAAGGGGUGGACGGAAACCUGGUUAUGAAUAUGUGUACUAAUUGUGAGAUCCCUCCUUCCUCUUCUCAUUGUACUUUCAUAUCUUUUACCAUAACUUUGCUUUUCCAAUUUCCAUCGAAUGUUGCAAUUUUAUGUAAUAAUGUGUAUAAUCAUCCCCUUAUCCCGAAGCAAUGUUUAAGUAUUUCACCUUUUGUAUUUUA